UUUUUAUCAUAAUAAAACCCUUCCUGCUGAUUUGAUUGCACACAUCUGAAAACAUCCACACAAGAUGAUUGUUUUUAAGGAUAUUUUUAACGAUUGCGAACUUGCAACAGAUGCCUCUAAUCCUGUGCUUGUAGAUGAUUUUGUCUAUGAAUUCAAGGCAACGCACGUCAAGCGGCGUUCCGAUACCAUAGAUGACUCAAAGAUUGGUGGCAACAAGUCCGCCGAGGAUGCUGAAGUUGGACACGAUGAUGGCAGUACUACAACAGAAGGAUACGAUUUUGUUCUCGAUAAUAAGUUGGAAAUAUUUGAUCUCCCCAAAAAAAAUUUGUACUUGAAAGAAUUAAAGAAAUAUGUUAACAAAAUAAAAGAAAAACUUUCCGAAACGGACCCAGAACGUUUUCCGGAAUUCAAAGCAAAAGUGGAAGCUUACAAGGAUACCCUAAUGAAAAAGUUCAAAAAACUUCAAUUCUAUGUGCAUUCGGAAGCUAUCCUCAAAAGUGAUGAUGGAUUCCCUGGUAUGAUUGUGAUUCUUGAGUUCAGAGAAAAUGAACAAGGAGAAGAAACAUACAUAUUCCAACUUUUCAAAGAUGGGCUUAAUAAAGAGAAAUAU